AUGCUCCUCACACAGCUCCCCCGCGCAGUCGCUAGCUCGAGCCGGCUCGCGUCGCGGGCUGUGCGCAUCGCGCCGCGCGCCUCGCUUACCGCGCGCGUUGCUCUCCCGACCCUCUCGUUCGCCCAGCGCCGUUUCCAAGCGACCUCGGCUGACACGCUCACAAUCCGCGGGGAUACGUACCCCGUCGACGCCAAGACCAACACGCCGAUCAACAUCCUCGGCAAGGUCGAGCGGCAACUGCACAUGCAGGAGGGGCACCCGCUGUCGACGCUGCGCGAGAUCAUUGAGUCGCAUUUCAAGGACUAUGUCAAGCUGCGGCCGUCGACACCGGUAGUGUCGGUGCACCAGAACUUUGACGAGCUUGGUUUCCCGGCUGAUCACCCGGGCCGCGCCGAGACGGACAGCUACUACGUCAACGGGACACACAUGCUGCGGACGCACACCAGCGCGCACGAGGUUGAGGCAUACAAGACGGACGAGAACGCGUUCCUCAUUGCCGCCGACGUGUACCGCCGCGACGAGAUCGACUCGUCGCACUACCCCGUGUUUCACCAGAUGGAGGGGAUGCGGUGCUUCUCUGGCGAGCAGGGUCUCGACUUUAUCAAGGCCGACAACGCCCGUCUGGCUGCCGAGCUCGAGAAGUGCCCCAUCAUCAUCGAGGACGACACCGUCGUCGGGCCCAGCAACCCGUACCAGGAGUGCCAUGACCCCGAGUUGGCUACCGAGAUCAUGAAAAACCUCAAGCACUCGCUCAACGGCAUGAUCUUCAAGCUGUUCGGUGGGUCUACUGGCGACGAGCCGCUCAAGGUGCGGUGGAUCGAGGCGCAGUUCCCAUGGACCUCGCCGUCGUUCGAGGUUGAGGUGUGGUUCAACGGCGAGUGGCUCGAGAUUCUCGGCUGCGGUGUCGUCGUGCAGAAGACGCUCGAGACUGCUGGCAUGGGUCACAAAUCGGCGUGGGCGUUCGGUCUUGGUCUCGAGCGCAUCGCCAUGGUUCUCUUCGACAUUCCCGACAUCCGACUGUUCUGGAGCACCGACCCGCGCUUCCUCGACCAGUUUGCAGACGGCAAGAUUACCACCUUCAAGGCGUACUCCAAGUACCCGCCAUGCUACAAGGACAUGAGCUUCUGGUUGCCAGACGAUGCUGCCAGCAAGGACAUUACGCCUUGGCACGAGAACGACUACUGCGAGAUUGUGCGUGACAUCGCGGGCGACCUCGUCGAGAACGUCAAGCUCAUCGACGACUUUACGCACCCCAAGACCGGCCGCCGCUCGCUCUGCUACCGUCUGAACUACCGCAGCAUGGACCGGUCGUUGUCAAACGACGAGGUAAACGUCCUCCAGGACAAGGUCACGGGCCGGGUGGUGGACCAGAUGGGUAUCGAGAUGCGCUAA